CGCAGCAACUCGCGCCGAGUCACGUGGGCUCAGCACUUCCGCUUCCGGUUACCCUCUCACCCGAAGAUGGCGGCGCCCGUGGGACCGGUGAAGUUUUGGAAGCCGGGCACAGAAGGUCCUGGCGUCAGCGUCUCGGAGGAGAGGCAGAGUCCUGCAGAGAGCAGUGGUGUAACAGUCAUCUAUAAUCCUUAUGCUUCUCUCUCUAUUGAACAACAGAGACAAAAGCUGCCUGUUUUUAAGCUAAGAAAUCACAUACUUUAUCUAGUGGAGAGCUAUCAAACUCUGGUGAUUGUUGGAGAAACAGGAUGUGGGAAGUCAACGCAAAUUCCACAGUAUCUAGCAGAAGCUGGCUGGACAGCUGAAGGAAGAGUGGUUGGGGUGACACAGCCUCGCCGAGUUGCUGCUGUUUCAGUUGCAGGCCGAGUUGCUGAUGAAAGGGGUGCAGUGUUGGGUCAUGAAGUUGGAUAUUGCAUUCGUUUUGAUGACUGCACAGAUCCACAGGCUACAAGAAUUAAGUUUCUAACCGAUGGUAUGCUGGUAAGGGAGAUGAUGGCUGAUCCUCUGUUAACAAGGUACAGUGUUCUCAUGCUGGAUGAAGCCCAUGAAAGGACUCUUUAUACAGAUAUUGCCAUUGGAUUACUAAAAAAGAUUCAAAAGAAACGUGGAGAUCUUCGACUGAUUGUGGCUUCAGCCACCUUGGAUGCAGAGAAAUUCAAGGAUUUCUUUAACCAAAAUGAUACUGGUGACCCCAGCAAAGAUACCAGUGUGAUCCUUACUGUGGAGGGGAGGACGUUUCCAGUUGACAUCUUUUACAUACAGAGUCCUGUUCCUGAUUAUGUAAAAUCAACUGUGGAAACUGCAAUGAAAAUUCACCAGAUGGAGAAUGAUGGUGAUAUACUGGCAUUUUUGACUGGCCAGGAGGAAGUGGAGACUGUUGUUUCUAUGCUUAUAGAACAGGCUCGGGCCCUUUCUCGCACUGGAAUGAAGAAGCAUCUCCGUGUUCUCCCCAUGUAUGCUGGGCUGCCUUCUCCUGAUCAGAUGAAAGUAUUUGAGAGAGUUUCUCGCAGUGUCAGGAAGGUGAUAGUGGCCACCAACGUUGCUGAGACUUCUAUCACAAUUCAUGGAAUUGCGUAUGUCAUCGAUUGUGGUUUUGUGAAGCUUCGAGCCUACAAUCCAAAAACAGCCAUUGAAUGCCUUGUGGUGGUACCGGUGUCCAAAGCUUCAGCUAAUCAGAGAGCAGGACGUGCAGGCCGGAACCGCUCUGGGAAAUGUUACAGGCUUUAUACAGAGGAAGACUUUGAGAAGUUGCCCAAGUCCACUGUUCCUGAGAUGCAGCGCAGUAACCUUGCACCUGUCAUCUUGCAGCUGAAAGCUCUGGGAAUUGACAACGUGCUCAGGUUCCCCUUCCUUUCGCCACCUCCUGCACAGUCAAUGGUACAAGCCUUAGAAUUACUGUAUGCUUUAGGAGGCUUGGAUAUGCACUGCCGUUUAACUGAGCCUCUGGGAAUGAGAAUAGCAGAGUUUCCUCUGAAUCCAAUGUUUGCAAAGAUGCUUCUGGAAUCAGGAAAUUUUGGCUGCUCCCAGGAGAUUUUAACAAUUGCUGCAAUGAUGCAAAUUCAGAACAUCUUUUUGAUCCCUCCGAAUCAAAAAUCUCAAGCUGCCAGGCAACACAGAAAGUUUGCUGUGGAGGAAGGUGAUCAUCUCACUAUGCUUAAUGUUUAUGAAGCCUUUGUCAAACACAGCAAAAGUUCUCAGUGGUGUCAGGAACACUUUCUGAACUACAAAGGACUUGUUAGAGCUUCUGUUGUAAGAGAGCAGCUCAAAAAGCUUCUUGUACGCUUUAAAGUGCCAAAGAAGUCCAGUGAAGGUGAUCCAGAUCCUGUUCUAAGAUGCAUAGUUUCUGGAUUCUUUGCUAACGCAGCUAAAUUCCACUCUACUGGAGCUUACAGGACUAUCCGUGAUGACCAUGAACUUCAUAUCCACCCUACUUCAGUACUGUAUGCAGAGAAACCUCCACGCUGGGUAGUAUACAACGAAGUCAUACAGACAGCCAAGUACUACAUGAGAGAUGUAACUGCCAUCGAAUCUGCAUGGCUCGUGGAGCUGGCACCUCAUUUUUACCAGCAAGGAACGGUACGGAAUCGGCAUAAAGCCCAAACGCAUCUCUCCUUGAAAGCAAAAAGGGCUAAAGUCGACGACCACUGAUGUGAUGUGACUUGAGUCUUGUGAUGGCAGACGCUGCAUCUACCAGUGAUUUGGAGCUGGCUACAGUCCACCCAGCAGCCAGUUCAUUACCAACUUGAUCUUACAUCAACUUAAAUGUUAAAUGCCUGCCAGGAUCUGUAGGGAUUUGUGCAUGACCAGUACACUAUAAACCUAUGUAGAGCUUGCAUUGUGGACAUUUUAUUCUUUGCCUAAUUGACCACUGUUGUUAAUCUAGGCAUGUUGCUCCUUUUAAAUAGAUAGACAAA